AUGGGUAUGGGAGGCAUCGGUAAGAUGACUCUUGCCAAGGUCAUCUACAAUCAGAUUUUGGAUCAAUUUGACGGUCGUAGCUUCCUCAAUGACAUUCGUGAAUCGGUAAAACAGAAUGGUCUUAAGUACCUGCAAAGUCUGCUAGUUGCUGAUAUCUUAAGGCGUGAACAUCAGGAUUUCACUAGUGUGGAUGAAGGUACUGAGGAGCUUAAGCGCAGGUUCCUUGACAAGAGAGUCUUCAGUGUUCUCGAUGAUGUUGAUCAUGCCAGUCAGCUCACUGCACUGGCAGCAAAGCUUUACUGGUUCGGUCCAGGAAGCAGAAUUAUCAUCACAACUAGAAACAGGGAUGUCUUGCAAGUACCUCAAGUGUACUGGACAUAUGAAGUUGUAGAGAUGAAUAAAGAUCACGCUCUCCAGCUCUUUUGCAAGCAUGCGUUCCGUCAAGGCUCUCCCAUGGCAAAAUUGAGUGCUUUGGCUAAGGGUAUUGUGGAUACAACUGGAGGGAUUCCCUUAGCCCUUGAGGUUAUAGGCUCUUUUCUAUCCGGCAAAAGCAAGACGAUAUGGGAGUCAACUCUAGAGAAGUUGAGAGCAAUCCCAUAUGCAGAAGUCCAAGAUAAGUUGCGGAUCAGUUAUGAGGCAUUGGAUCAUCAGCUGAAGCAGAUAUUUUUGGAUAUUGCUUGCCUCUUCACAGGAGAUGAUAAAAAUAUUCCCUCAUAUAUGUGGAAAGAUUGCAAUUUCUUCCCGGAAGGUGGAAUUGAUAUCCUCCUUCUAAUGUCUCUUAUUAAGAUUGUACCGGAUAACAAGCUGUGGAUGCAUGAUCAACUCAAAGAUCUCGGUCGGGAAAUUGUCCGGAAAGAAAAUUACGGAUAA